AUGGUCAGUAACACCUACGACUUUCCUAAACCACCCAGCAUGAUUAAUGAUCUUAAAGUGACGGCUAGGGUUGGAGAUGGCGAAGAGAAAAUAGCGAUUUCUCCUGAUUUCUCAAAUGUUUCCUUGGACGUUAUUGGGUCGGCCUCGAUUAUUCAAGCCGCAGCUUAUGAUGUACUUUUUAAUUCCGAACCUACACCAAUAAAUAUCGCUCUAAAACUCUUGAUUAUGACAUUCUUGGCUGCAGGGCACGAAACCACGGGUUCCUGCAUGUCAUUUUCCCUCUAUAUGCUCGCAAAAAAUUCUCGUUGUCAAGAAAAACUUCGAUAA